CAGGCAGCACUUCAGCCAGCAGUUCGGCCAGCCAGCCAGUCCGCGCGAUACGUGUGUGCGCCGGUCAGCUUUGCUGAUCCGUACGUGCAUCUUGCCCUGGCCUCGCGUCCGCUGUGCGCUCUCCCCGGAGACGUCUCGUCCCGUCGCGUCUUCCAGGAGCUAGGUCGCGCACUCGCUUCGCUCUCGCGUCGACCAGCCGGACGCGCGUCAUCGCUCAGGGAGAGAGAGAGUGUGCCAUGAAGGCUCGUCGCCGUCGCCGUCGCGAGGAAUGACUCGCCGCUAGGAAGUCGUAGGGGUAACGGUGUGCGGUGCCCGCCGAUGUCGCCAGCGGUGGCUACCAGCCUCGUCGUCGCUGAGGCCAGCAACAGCAACGGCAGCAGCAGCAGCAGCAGGGAUUCUCGGGGAUACGCCAGGGUGCCGUCGCCUCACUGAUCGCGCGCGAGAAUAAUGAGAAUCAACGCGACGAAGAUGAGCACUCCGAUCGAGGAGAAGAUUGACCAGAAGCUGAAGGUGCGGACGGGGAUGGUGACGGUUAGCGAUGGGAAAAGCAAACCCGUGCCGAUGCGUUUGCACUUGUCUAUGGAGGUGUUGAAGCUUCAGCGGGAGGAUCUCGAGCAGGCAGCGAAUCACAAUAAACCACCCCUGGACGCUAAGGAGCGCAUGGUGCAAAUCACCAGGCAGAAGGUCGGUGGUUUGGGGCUGAGCAUAAAGGGCGGAGCGGAACAUAAGCUUCCAGUACUCAUAUCGAGGAUCUAUAAGGGUCAGGCCGCCGAUCAGUGCGGCCAGCUUUUUGUAGGAGAUGCAAUUAUUAAAGUGAAUGGCGAGUAUAUCACGGCGUGCAACCAUGAUGACGCUGUCAAUAUUUUGAGAAACGCCGGUGAUAUAGUGGUUCUAACUGUCAAGCAUUAUCGAGCGGCCAAGCCAUUUCUACAGAAAAAUGAAAAGGAAGAAAAACUGGAUAACGUUGCCAAUGGUACGGCGGAAGACGGAUGGAUAUCGCCUAACAGGCAAGCGGGUAGUCCCAGAUGCAGCCACAGCCGUCAAAGUUCUAAUGCAUCUUCCAGUUCGAUGCAGUAUAAAAGAUGGGUGGACGUAAUUACAGUUCCAUUAAUGAUGGCGUACGUGACGAGAUACAUAUUCGGCACCGACAAACUGAGGAGGAACGCGUUUGAAGUGAGAGGACUUAACGGAGCACGUACAGGAGUGAUACAUUGCGACGAUAGCGCUAUUCUUAGCCAAUGGUUAAAAUAUAUAACUGAUAACAUUACAGGAUUGACGCAUUUGCAGAUGAAAUUGUACAAUCGUAAUUUCGGAGUCGGCGAGCGCAUAGAAUACAUGGGCUGGGUGAACGAGGCAGUGAGCAAUAGUAAUCAACCGUGGCAGAGUUACAGGCCGAGAUUUUUGGCUCUAAAAGGACCGGACCUAUUGUUGUUUGAAACACCCCCUUGCAAUAUAGGCGACUGGUCUCGCUGCGCGUUGACUUUCAAAGUGUACCAAACGAUGUUCCGCGUGAUGCGCGAAUCGGAGAAUGUGGACGAGCGACAGCAUUGCUUCCUGGCGCAGAGUCCGGGAAAACCACCGCGUUACUUGAGCGUCGAGACCAGGCAAGAACUUCUGCGGGUCGAGGCGGCGUGGCACACCGCCAUAUGUUCGGCUGUUACGCAUUUAAAGAGUAAAACCUUUCCGGUAACUUUCAACAGUAGAAGCGCCGGUCUAACGUUAGAGUGGACUCAAGGAUUUACGUUGUCGUAUGAAGGAAUCGGGGAGAUCGCGUGGCGCUACAAAUUUUCUCAAUUGAGAGGGUCCAGCGACGAUGGUAAAAGUAGGCUUAAAUUGCACUUCCAAGAGCCGGACAGCAUCGCUAUCGAAACGAAGGAAUUGGAGUGUUCCCAGUUGCAAAACUUGUUGUUCUGUAUGCAUGCGUUUCUUACCGCGAAGGUAGCCGCGGUAGACCCUACGUUUUUAACGUCGACCACUCCGUAAAGAGAUGUAAUAUAGAUGUAAUAACGUUAUUGCCGACGAAUCACCAAGUGGAUCACAUUUGUGUUCUGUUAUCGUUGUACGGAUUAGAACCGAGUACGUGCGCUGAAAAAUUACUGGGAGAACCAAGAGAAGGACGAACGAGGUGGAAGCGACAGAAACUAGUCAAUAUAUCCAAAAGGUAUUUUUAUCGUUUACAUAUAAAAAUCACCAAGCGGUACUAUAUACUCUACUCAUCCUACCAAAAGCCAAUUUCAUUAGUAUAUAUAUGAAUCUAACGGCUAUUAUCGUAUUGUACGCAUCUAGAUAAGAAUUCUCGCGAGUUUCUAAGAGCGGCAGUAUGCUUUUAUGAAUGAUUGCCCGACUAACGAUGCGAUUAUGUUACCUGCUUUUGCUACAUGCAUUUAUUCCCUUUUGAAUUUUUUGAGGAACACGUAAUCUCAAGUUACACAUUCGUAUUAUAUGUAAUUAUAUAAUUUACUUCUUAUAUUUACUUUUUACAGAUACAUUUUAAUUGUAUUUCAGUAAUAUUGUUUGAUAUUGUAUGUCUCUCGGUUGCGCUUUUGUAAUAUCGUUUGUCUGAAAUCUUAAGAUGAUAAUCAGAAUUUAUAUACACAUAUAUAGGAAUCAACAUAUGCGGG